AUGUAUUUAAUUGAAAUAUACGUAGCAAUAAUCAUGUUGCAGACAGAGUGAGGAAUAAGUAAACAACAAUUCAAAUCAGUGUGCAUGAUCGCCUGGCGGCACAUAAAUUCUCAUGCUCGGCAACAAUUUGAGCAGUGCGCGGCCGCACAGCUUAGAGGGAACAUUGGCUAUGUAAUUGAAGGCUUUGUAAUAUAUCAAAACUUUUUUAUUGGAAGAGAUAUGUGAGAUCUGAAUAGGCCCUGGGUCUAAGUUAAUAAUUUCAAAAUAAUAUUAAAUUUUUGUUAUAAAAUAUUCUUUCGUUUGGGUGAGAAAAAUAAUGUUUUAGCGUGGGAAAAGAUAGAUAACAGAUGCUACUUCCUUCCACGAAAGUUAGAACAUCCUUUGUUUUCCAUUAUCAGCUAAAAAUCUCGCUUCAGUGGGACUGUUUACCCCUCAUUUCAUCCCCUUCCCAUCCAUCCACGUGAAUAAAGCCUCGACUGAUAAUUGGUCGUAGGUGAGAAGAUAUAGGGGAUGUUCAACUGAAUUCGGGAGUUCAUCGACAGACCUGGAAGAGUCAGGACUCCAUACAUAAUUCUCCUGAUGGCCAACGCCCUUAGUCAAGUCACAUAGAAUAAAGCUAGAGAGUUAGCGCUUAGAAGAAAUACUUUAAUUUUGUGCACAUUUCGACCUCCAAUGGAAUGAAGUUUGAGAACUUUAUAAACGAAGUGCCUUUGCCAACCGAUGAAGAAGACGAACGACAACUAAACCAGGUUGUAUGUUUAAUAACGAUUUUGUAAGCUCUCUCUCUCGAUCGUGUAUCGGUUAAGUAUAAGUCCAUAUCUCUCUUGACAUAUAGGUUGUAAUGUGUAUUCAUUGUCUCUUACUACCAUAUAUUUAUACUAUUUUUAUUGGUUUAUGUUUAAUUAAAUUUAUUCUUGUUUAUUUGUUAAAGAAUGUCUCUUUUAGAGUCUCUGAAUCAGAUCUAUAAAAUAAUCACACGCGUGUUUGUCCGCGGAUCGAUAAAUUGACAACUGGUGUCGGGAACCUGACAAUUUGGAUAGAGACUGUGGCGACAGCUUUGGCGAUAAAUUCCAAAGCCGCCACAAGGGGGAACCCCUGACCUGACCUAUGACAUCAUACACAUUCUAGUUGGAUUUUGGACCUUGCAGACGUGUGUAGUAACACCUCGUGUUUUAACUUGUACAGUCGCGCCAUAAUUCAUAUAGAGAAUAAACGAUAAUCUUUUAUUGUAUGUGGCCCUGUUUGUAAUGAGUAAUUUCACACGAACUGGUGACCACAGAGACUUCAUAGUCUUUAAUCCUACUGCCUUCCUAUUCGAAAGAGAAAGAAUCAACAAAUAUGGUUGAUAAAUUCACAAUGAGUGAUGAUUUGAUGGAAAUUGAUUCUAAAAAAGAAGAAAAAUUAGAUAAGGAAUUAAGUCAAUACCAGAAAUGUGAAACUCCCCAAAGUGGUAGUAAAUAUGGUUUUAAACAUUCUGAUCAAUUAGAAAAAUCAAGAAUUGAUAUUGAAUUGGCCAAUGAAAAAAUAAUGUGCUUAGAACAAAAGAUUAUUCAAUUAACCAAAGAAUUAGAAUGCCAAAGGCAUAAUUCAGAAGCAGUAAAAUUAACAAUUGAACAAAAAUUUAAAGAAAAGGAGAACAACUUUAAAGAUGAAAUAAAAAAUCAGACGCAAGCUUUUUAUGAUUUAGAAAAACAAUUCACAGAGACGAAAUCGAAGUUACAGCAAGAACUGACUUGUGCUCAAAAAAAUGUAGAUGCAUCUAACUUUCAACUGGAAAAAUUGGAAAAACAAAAAAAAGAUAAUGAAAAAGAAUUACGUGAUUUACAUAAUACCAUAAAUGAAUUUCACUCAAACUUUCAAGCAAAAGAUAACCAAAUAAAUGAUUUAAAAAAGCAGAUUGAAAGUAUAGAAAAAGAAAACUCAUACAUGAAAACUAAAUUGCAACAAGAAGAAGAAAAGACAAAAGAAAUAAAACUUCAGUUUGACAAUGUAGAAAUUUGUUUACAACAAAAAGAAUCAGAAUUACAAGCUGCAAAAUCUAAUUGUGAAGAAAAAUUAGCUCAAUUACAACAAAUUCAAAAUAAAUUUGAUACAUUAACACAGCAAUAUAAUUCCUGUGUAAAUGAAUUUCAGACCAAAUGUAAUGAAUUAGAGCAAAAAAGUCAAAAUUUAGAGCAAAGUUUAAUGGAUAAAGAUAAAAUAUUGACAGAAGAAAUGGAUAAGUUUCUAGACCUAAAUACUCAAUAUAAUCUUUUGCAAAAUAGAUCUACAACUGUAGAGAAUGACUUAAAAAAUAAAGAAAUUUAUAUACAAGACAUUGAGAAAAAUUAUGAAAAUGUAAAAAUUGAAGUCAAAGAUAAAACAACUAACUUGUUGUUGAUCUCUGAAGAAUUAGACAAAUUAAAGGAAUGUUAUGAACAACAAUCCAAAAAGUAUAAUAAAUGUAAUGAUGAACUUAAUGAAAUGAAAAUAGAAAUCGAUGUGAAAGCAAAAAAAAUCUUGUGGUUAGAAAACUCCUUGCAAGAAAAAUCUGUAAGUGUUGAUCAGUUAGAAAAUCAAAUUAACAAAACAGAAGUAUUAUUAGAUAAUGAGAAAAAGUUAGUGAGUGAUUUGCAACACAAAUUAGAAGAAAAAUCUGAAAAUUUGAAAAAUGCAGAAGCAAUAAUUAUUCAGAUUAAAAGAGAAAAAAGUAAUGAAAUAUUAAAUGUUAAAGAAGAGUUAGAAAAGUUAGUUGCAGAUUUUGCUGUAAGUACAGAAAAAUCAAAGUCAUUAGAAGAAGAAUUAAAGAACAAGAUUAUAAGUUUAACUGCAAGUGAAACAAAUAUAAAAGCAUUAGAAGAAAAUUUAAAUGAAGAACAAGCAGUCAAAAAAGAACUGGAAGAAAGAAUCAAAGAGAGAAAUGAAAUAUUAAACAAGUAUGAAAUUAAUAUAAAAAAUGCACUGCAGGAUAUUUCAGUAAAAGAAGAGAAAAUUAAUAAAAUUCAAGAAGCAUUAUCAAAGAAGGAUGAUCACAUUAAUGAAUUAAAAGCUUCAAUUGACUGUAUUACAGCUAAUCUUGUUGAGAAAGAAAAUAAAGUGAAAGAAUUGAGUUCUAAUCUAAAAGAUCUUUCUGAACAAAUGCCAGUUUUGGAAGAAAAAUUAAAUUUAUUAGAAGAAGAGAAUGCAUUAAAGGAAGAUCAGAUUAAAACACUUAAAGAAAGCUUGAAAGAAAAAGAAGAGUUACUAUUAGAAUAUAAGAAUAAUAGUAAAGAAUUGAUAUCAAUAAAAGAAGAACUAAAUGCAUCAGUUGAAAAAUUAAAUUUGACUGAAAGUGAGUUAAAAAUGUAUCAAAAUAAUAUCUCUGUACUUGAAACAAAUUUAAAAGAAUUAAAUAUGACAAUUGAAACUAAAGAGAGUGAAAUAGAAUCUUUACAAACUCUAAUUGGUGAAAAGAAAGAAAUUAUUAAUGAAAUGGAAAUUGAAUUAGAGAAACAUAAGUCAAGUAAUGAAGCUAUUAAACAGCUAGAAUCAGUUAUAAGUGAGAAAGAAUCACAACUUGAGAUGUAUAAACUGAGAGAAAAUGAAAUCAUUGAGCAGGAGCAACUAAGUAAGAAACUUUAUGAACUAGAAAUGGCUUCAAAAUUUAAAGAUGAUCAGAUUUUAGAGUCUGAAAGAAAGUAUCAACAAUGUCUUGCAGAACUGGAAACUCAUAAAGAAAACUAUGAUAAACUUUCACAAGAAAAUUUCAUGUUAGAAGAAAAUAUUGCCAAAAAUCAAACUAAAUUAGAACAACUGUAUACACAACUCAAUGAGAAAGAUUGUUUAAUAGCUACAAACAAUGAAAAGAUAUGUGAAGUAAACCAAAAACUGGAUAUCAUCAAGCAAGAAUUACUCAAAAACCUGGAAGAGAGAAGAGUGUUUGAAGAAACAAUUGCAUCAAAGGAACAAGAAAUUGCUUUCUUAAAGUUGAAUGAAGUUAACAUUAAACAGCAACUAGAAUUGAAAAGUAAUGAUUUUGCAAAACAGAGUAAAGAAAUAGAGAAUUUUAACCAAGAAAUAUCUCGUGCCAGUAAAAUAAAGCCAAUAUUAAUAAAAGUAAUAAAAACUUUAGCUGAAAAGAUUGAAGAGUCAACAUUAAUUUAUCAUCGAGUCGAGUCAAACAACAGAAGGAGUCUUAAAUUUGAUUCAAAUUCAGUAAAUAAAGAAAUUUUGGAUUUACAUAAAGAAUCAAAAGGAAAUAAAAUGAAUGAAGAUAUAUGUAAAGAAAUUUUUACUCUUAUUGAUAAAAUUCAAUUAAAAGAAGAAAAAAUUGAGCAACUAGAAGAAGCUCUCUCAGGAGCAACAUGGUUGCUUACUAUAAAUGAAUGUCAGUUAGCUGAAAAAAUAGAUGAUAUAAAUAAAUUGAAAAUAUCUAUUCUUCAAUCUAAUGAAAAAUAUAGAGUUAUAAAUGAUUUAUUAAAAAAAGAAAAGGAAAUGGUAGAAAGUCUAAAGUGUAAGGUAGAAAAUCAAGAACGUACUCAAAUUAUACAUAAAGAUGAGAAAAGUUUAAACAUGUUUCAUGAUGACAUUUUAAAGAAAGAAUCAAGAAUUAAAGAUCUAGAGGAACAAAUACUUUCCUUGAAACAUUCCAUUGAAAUCAAAGAUGAAAGAUUAAAAUCAUUCAAAGAUGAUGUGUUAAGGUUAGAAAAUGAGUUAGAAAAUCAAAAAAAUAACAAUUGUAUGGUUGAUAUACUGAAUUCUUGUACAAAUGACACAAAUGAAAAAUGCUUAAAUGAUUUAAGCAUGCAAUUAAAUCUCACAAAAGAAAAAUUACAGGAACAAAAUAUUAAACUGAUUAACUUAGAAAGGGAACUUUCAAAUGCUAAUUGGUUACUUACAAUUAAAGAAUGUCACUUGGUGGAAUAUAAAGAUAAAAUAUUGACAUUAGAAAAUAAUUUUGAUAAACUUAAUAUUGAUUAUGAACAAUUACUUAAACAGAUUCAUGAAUCUAAACGUAUUACAAAGGACAAUUUUGUUAAUCAGGAAUAUCUCCAGAAAUCUGUACAAACAAAUCAAAAUACUGAAAUUUGUAAUUUUGAAAGUUUGAAAGAUAAUCUAGAGAUAGAAAAGACAAAUUUAGAAAACAUUAAGAAAGUAAUUGAGGAAAAAACUGGUGUUUUAAAUGUUCUGGAAGAAAACAUUUGUAUGAAAAAUACUCAACUGUGUGAAAUUCAGCAAUGUUUGAAUGAGAAGUCUGCUGAACUUGAAAAAUUAACAAACGAGAAGGAGAAUAUUGUAAGAAUUCUUGAAGAAGAAAAAUUGUUGAUACAUUCUAACCAUCAAGAAAUUCAAUCUCUAGAAGAAAAAUCUUUGCAUCUAGAAAAAGUUAUUGAAGAAAAAAAUAAUAAUAUAAAUAAUCUUGAAGACGAAGUUUCAAAGAAAAAUUUAAGUCUUCAAAGAGUUUGUCAAUCCAUUGAAGAAAAGUCUUUAGAGUUAGAGAAAUUAAUUGAGAGAAAAAAUGCAAUUGAAACUGUUCUUGAAGAAGUUACAUUGAAAAAUAUAGAAUUUCAAAAAAUUCAUCAAUCUAUGGAAAAAAAAUCCAUAGAAUUACAAGAAUUAAUUCAGGAAAAAGAAAAUUCAGUAAUUAUUCUUGAAGAAAAGCUUUCAUCAAAUAAUUUUAAUAUUCAAGAGCUUCAGUCUUUUGAGAAGAAAUUUGUUGAAUUAGAAAAGCUUAUUGAAGAAAAAAAUAAAACUGUAAGUUCGCUUGAUGAAAAUAUUUCAUUAAAAUGUAUGAAUCUUCAAGAUAUUCAGCAUUCAUUAGAAAGGAAGUCUGCAGAAUUAGAGGAAAUAAAUAAAGAAAGAAAUAAUGCCGUAGCCAUUCUCGAUGAAAAAAUUUCACUACAAAAUUUAAAUCUUCAGAAAAUUAAGUGUUUAGAGAAAAAGUCUGAAGAUAUAGAGAAAUUAAUUGAAGAUAAAAAUAGUAUUUUAACUACUCUUGAAGGAGAUAUUUCAUCUAAAACAUUCAACCUUCAAGAGAUUCAACAACUGAUAGAAGAAAGGACCAAUGAAUUACAAAAACUGUGUAAUGAAAUAGGAAAUAUGAUAAAGUUGCAAGAAAAAAUAAGUGAAAAGAAUAAUGAAAUUGACAAUCUGUCACAAAUUAUUGCUCGGAACAAAGAGGAAAUUAAGGAAUUAAAUGUGACGAUUGAUGAAAUGAAACAAUUUCAAAAUCAAGAGAAACAUAAGUUAUCAAAUCAAAUUAAUGAACUCAUUUUAAAUAAAAAUGCUUUACAUGAAGAGAAUUUUAGAUUAAUUCAAGAAUGUGAGAAACUGAAUGAAACAAUUUCAUGUAACAGCAAUAAUAUAUCUAAUCUUGGACUUAAAAUUAAUGAACUAUUAGAAAAAGAUCAGUUACAUAAGGUUAAAUAUUUAGAAAAAUGUCAAAGUUUAGAAAAUCUGAAGAGAAAAUGUGACUUAUUUGCUCAAUUGUUUGAAGAAGUUAUUCAUAUACAAAGAAAAAUACUUCAAUGUGACGAGGCAGAAUUAUCAACAUCUUCCAGUAGUUCAUACUUUGAGUGGGAAGAUACUGAUUCGGAAUUUAGAAAUAUGGAAAUGAUGAUUAAUGAUUUGAAAGAUAGAAUUAAUAAUAUAAAGACAUCAUUCUUUGAUCUUUCAGAGAAAUUUGAGAUAAAAGCCAACUGCGAUAAUGAACUUAUAAAGCUUCAACAGGAAACUAUAUUAACUCUUGAGAAUAAAUUUAAAGUUUUAUCUCAUGAACGAGAUGAAAUUAAGAACAAAUUGGAUGAUUUUGAAGAAAAGGAAAGAAAACUUUUAGUAGCGAUUUGUGAGAAAGACAAAGCCAAAAAUGAAGUUGAUAAAUUGAAAGCUGUUGAAAGUAGAUUUAUUAUGCUAUCUGAUAAACAUAACAGAAUUAUUAAUUUACUUGCCGACUUAAAAGAAGAGACUAAAAAAUUCCUUAAAGAUCUGCAUGAAAGUACUAAAGAAAGCAUAUAUUUAGAAAGUAUUGAUAAAGUGAACAAUUCAGAUGAUCUGUGUGAGUUUAUUAAUGAAAUUAAAGUUACAGUACAUAGAAUUAUACAAUCUAUACUAUCAUUAACUGGUGAUAAAAGUACUUUGGAGUCUAAAGUGGAUAAACAAAGCUUGGCAAUAAAACAAUUGAAUGAAACUAUAGAAGAAAUUGAAGAAAAUCUUCAAAAACUUUUUGAAGAAAAAAGUUUAUUGUUAGAGAAAUUUAACAGUCUUGACAAAGAACAUAAUGAUCUAUCAGCACACUAUAAUGAAUUAAAAGAAAAACUAGAUGUACAGAAUAGUCAAGUUGUACUGUUAAAAAGUGUUCAGAACGAAUACAAUAAUCUUAAAAUCAAGUUAAAUGAUUAUGAAGAACAACUUCAUACAUUGCAAAAAGAGCAAGACAAUUAUUUAAAUUCAGAAGAAAGGGUCUUAGAUUUGGAGACAAAACUGGUAGAAAUGGAAGAAAAGUAUGAAGAAAUGGAGAAAAAUUUGAAGUUAAUUACAGAGAAGUACAGAAGUGAGUGUAAAAAUAAAGAAGAGUCAGAAGUUGCAAUUAAUCAAUUUUUACUAGAUAAAGAGAGCUUAAAUAAAGAAAUUGUCAUGUUGAAAAAAGAAAUUUCCAUUUUAAAGACUGAAAAUAGCAAUCUUCGUUUGGAAAUAGUUGAUAAAGCAAGAGAUUUAGAAGAUAAAAAUGUUAAAAUUCAAGAGAAGGAAAGUACGUUAAGCAAAUUAAAACUGGAAAUUGAAGAGAAAGAAUAUGAUCUUCUACAACAAUUAUCAGAUUGUAAUUUAAAGAUAGAAAAUCAGAAUAAUGAAUUGAAACGAUUAGAAUCCAAAUUACAAAAUAGUGAAUGUGAGCAGAAAUUACUCUUAAAAGAACGUCAAGAGAAUGAAUCUGAAGUAGAGAAACUGUGGAAGAAAUUAAAAUGCGUCGAGGAUACAUUAACAACCAAAAAUAACGAAUUAAAAGAUUGCCAGAAGUCUUUAGAAACGUUAAAAAUCGAAUAUGAAUUGAAUAAACAGACAUGGAAAGAUAAUAAUCUUCAUUUGGAAAAUCAGUUAACUUCAUCAAAAGUUUCAUCAUCAAAAUUAAGUAAUGAAUUACAGUCCGUUAAAAAGCAACUUUCCAAAACUCAGUCUCAGUUAGAGGAGAAAAAUGAAGAAUUGAAGUCUAAUCAAUCAAAAUUACAUCAUUAUAACAUUCAGUUAGUAAAUACAGAAAAAUUAUUAUCUGAAGCUAACAAAACAAUUAAAGAAUAUAAAGAAAAAUUAGAUUUUGGUAAUUUAAAACUUGCACACUCUGAGACAAUCAAAAGUGCAGAAAACUUAUUUGAACAACUCCGUAAGCAGUUAAAGAAUAAGUCAGAAGAGUAUGAACGCGAAAGGGAUAAGAUUCAAGAAUAUGUUCGUAAAAAUAAUGAUUUAAAGAAAAAAUUAGAAAGUUUAGAUCAAGAACAUGGUAAAAUAAUUCAGGAAAAUGCAAGGCUGCAGAAAUUGUCUAAUGAAAAGGAAUUAUUAAAUGAAAACCUUAGUACAAGUAUUAAAGAAUUGAAUAAAAAACUGUUAGAAUGUGAACAAAAAUACAGCAAAGAGAAGAAAGAAUGGGAUGAUGAUAAUAAAAGGAUGCUUGAAUUAGAAGAAAAAAAUAAAUCUCUUGAGACUGAACUUUUGUCUCUCCAGUCUUCUUUCCAGCAAAUAGAAAAAGAGUUGCAUGAAUUUAAGAAAACUGAUGAUUCUAAUCUAAAUGAAAUGAUUCAAAACAUGACAGCUCAAUUAAAAGACACUUCUAAAGAAUUGCAAGAUAAAGAAACUGAAUUAUCUCAGGUUAGAUUGAAUUAUUGUAAAUCAUUACAAGAAGUGGACAUUUUGUAUGAAAAGUAUGACUGGUUAAAAUUAAAAUUAAAUAUGUGUGAAGAAGAUUUAAAAGAAGAAAAGAAAAAAAAUACUCAAAAUAUUGAUCAAGAAGAUAAUUUGUUAGAACGGGAUAAUUACCUUAAUGAAGAAGAGGAAAGUGAUCUAGAAGAGGAAUUGCAACUUUCUUCUAAAAGUUGUAAAUCUAAGAGUAGAACUCCAGAAUCAAAGAGUGAUUUAAAAAGAAAAAUCACACCCAAGAAGAAUGUUACCCCAGCAAAAUCACCCCAGCAAAAAGUCAGUAGUGAAAAUGUGUCCCCUUCAAUGAAUUUGAAGACAGAGAAGUUAAAAUGUUCAUAUUUUCCUCCAGUGAAACAUUCUCAGCCUAUAGCUGAAGAAAAGAAAAUGAAUACUUCUAAGAUAAAUACUAGAACAUCAAAGAGAACUCAAAUACAACCUCCUGUGGAGAAACGUACAUAUAACAAAAUAAAAGAUAGCUGUUCAGAUGAUAAAGAAACUAAAGAAAAUAAAUGUCCACAGAAUGAAUGUAGUAAAAGAAGUGAAGCAGUCAGUAAGCAAAAUGCUCAAAAGGAUUCACCUGUAAAUAAAAAACUGAAAACUUUAAAUAAGCUUCCUAUAACAAGAGGAUUGAGUAAAGGACCACCACCAGAGCUUUCUAAGAAACCUCUCUUUCCUCCUCUUAACAAACAAAGUGAACUUAAAGCUACUUGUUCCAAGUCUUCAAACUUGAAGAAGUUGGAUGAGAAACAAUCUGAACUUUCUUCAGAAUCAACAGACGAAGGCAACCAAGAGGAAUGCAAAAUACAAUGAAUUGAUUGAUGAAUUAUUGAUUGUUUUUUGUUUUGUUUUGAAUGUGAACAUUAUUCAUUUGUACAGUUCUUUUAAUAUAUUCUUCU